AUGUGGAGAGAUUCUUCUUCAGCGAAUUCGGCAUUCUCCCUGAUCAACUCACUGCAAACAUUCGACUUCAUAAUUGCCCUCUACACUCUGGCUGACGUCUUGACCAUCACCCUGCCCAUUGCCAGGAGCAUUCAAGCGGAGGACAUGGACUUAGUCUCUGCAUUUGAGCAACUCGACGCAUUGAGAGCAACAUUGGGAACGUGGCGUCAAGAGGCGGAGACUGCUUUCUCGAAGAUCUUUUUAGAAGCUGCAGAAAAGGCUGAACUUCUUGGGAUUGUUGUGAAGUUACCUCGGACUUCUCAACAAACCAAGCGUUUCGAUGCUCCAUCGGCAUGCCCAGAGGAAUAUUACCGACGUGCCUUGUUCAUCCCGUUUCUCGAUGAUAUCCUGAUGGACUUAUCAAGUCGAUUCGGUAUAGAAAAGAGGAAAUUUGCCAAGUUGUCUCUCUUGGUUCCUAUCCACUUGAUUCAAAGAGAGAUACCCACGUCUGAAUGGGAAGAGUUGGGAGGUUUCUACUGGAAACUGUUGACUCCAAUCGGACGUGAAGCCGCUGUGAGGAUGCUGUACUCAGAAGUUCGCUCUUGGCGAGAGAAGUGGUUACAUGCAUCAGAACCACCCAAGACAGCCUUGGAAGCUUUGGCCGCCUGCAGCAAANGCGGACUGCUGCGUAGGGCAGAGGGUUUCCCACCACCAGGAAAAUUCCUGGACCCCAUGAUCAAUUCUGAUCCUGUGAAUAUCCCUAGAGUACCUCUUAGGUCAGAAGAUGAAAGGAAAGUGUAA